GUGUGUGUGUGUGUGUGCGUUUGUGGACACCACGUAGCAGGGAGCUGCAGGGAGUCAGCUCUCUGUCAGUAGCACGCAGAGACGCAGGGCGAGGGUGCGCGCACUGUUGUUUUUGUCCCGCAGAGAAAAGUUGCAGAGGAAAUCGACAGGUAGAACUUUUGCGCAGCAGCAGCAGCAGCCGUGCGCUCCUCGCUGUCCUCCAUCCGGCGUGUGGACUUUUUCUCUGCUCGUGGAGCUCCAACUCAAAGCUGUUCCUGAUGUAUAACAUGAUGGAGACUGAACUGAAGCCCCCCGCUCCGCAGACCAACACGGGGGGCAACACCAACACCUCCGGCACCAACCAGAAAAACAGUCCGGAGCGGGUUAAGAGACCCAUGAACGCCUUCAUGGUGUGGUCCAGGGGCCAGAGGAGGAAGAUGGCUCAAGAGAAUCCCAAAAUGCACAACUCGGAGAUAAGCAAGAGGCUGGGCGCCGAGUGGAAACUUCUGUCGGAGAGCGAAAAGAGACCUUUCAUCGAUGAAGCCAAGAGGCUGCGCGCCCUGCACAUGAAGGAGCACCCGGAUUACAAAUACCGGCCCCGGCGGAAAACCAAGACCCUCAUGAAGAAGGACAAGUACACCCUGCCCGGCGGGCUGCUGGCCUCCGGAGGGAACGGGAUGGGCACCGGGGUCGGUGUGGGAGUGGGGGCCGGGCUGGGCGGCGGGGUCAACCAGCGGAUGGACAGCUACGCGGCGCACAUGAACGGUUGGACCAACGGCGGCUACGGCAUGAUGCAGGACCAGCUGAGCUACCAGCACCCAGGUCUGAACGCGCACAACCCGGGCCAGAUGCAGUCCAUGCACCGCUACGACAUGAGCGCGCUGCAGUACAACACCAUGACGAGCUCGCAGAGCUACAUGAACGGCUCCCCGACCUACUCCAUGUCCUACUCCCAGCAGAGCACGCCGGGGAUGACCGCGCUGGGCUCCAUGGGGCCCUCCUCCGUGGUCAAGUCCGAGUCCAGCAGCUCCAGCCCGCCCGUCGUCACCUCGUCGUCCCACCGGGCGGCCCCGGGGUGCCAAAGCGGGGAUCUGAGGGACAUGAUCAGCAUGUACCUGCCCGGGGCGGAGGUCAGCGAUCAGAGCGGCCAGACCAGACUACACAUGUCCGGCCACUAUCAGAGCACCGUGCCCGGGACGACGAUCAACGGCACGCUGCCCUUAACACACAUGUAAGAAGAGGAAAAGAAAAGGAAAAAAAAAAAAAAAAAAAAUCAAAAAACUUUUAUAAGAGAAACUGUGGACUAUACGUGGACUAUUUUUGUACAGAAAAAUUUUCGGGGUGGGAAAAGUUGUAUAGAAGUCUCCAGGGACAAAAACGUUUUUUCUUUCUUUCUUUUUUUCGUUUUUUAAAUUUUCAUUUAUUCUAACAGGAACAAAUCCCCCCCCCCUUCACUGGAGGAUGAAGUUUGGAAAAACUAAAAAAAAAAAAAAAAAAAAAAAAAAAAAAAAAAAGUGGGAGUCGCAAUCACAUCUUUUAUUAUUGCAAUCACCUUUUGUACAGUAUUUAUCAAAGAAACAUUACAAUCAGAUGAAAUUUUUAAACUGCAAGAGGUUGCAUUCCUCUCUCUUAAAAAAGUAAAACAACCAAUUCUGCAGAAAAUAAAGAGGCAGAAUUAAUGGGAAACAUUGGAAAUUAAAGGGACAUAAAACGAAGCAGGUAAUGACUGAUUGUGUUUUGUUUUU